UCAUACGAUAAGGCUGUAGUGUAUGUGGGCUGUAGUUAAACAGAGUCUAGCAAAAGAAUUCGCAUCUACAAUGGACGUUUGGAGGAAUUUUUCAACAUACGGAAAAAGAAGAGAAACACGAUGGAAUUUUAAAACGAAAACAACUCGUCGUAAUGAGAAUAGACCAAACUAUUUUGUUGCGAUUAAAAUUAAUAAUUUUAAGAUAACGGAUUCUGUGAAGAACAUUCAAAAUCACUUAGUAAAAAAAGAAAAAAUAUUGCAAUCUGCGUUAAUCGACGUGAAUACUCUUCAUAUUACCUUAUUAGUGUGUCAUAUAGCAAAUAAUGAAGAACUUGAAAGAGCAUGCUCUGCUCUCUCCAAAGUAUUUCGAGUAUUGAAAGAGGAUCUAUCCAUAAACCCUCUUGAAUUAACUUUUGAAGGAAUUGAUAACUUUAACAAUAAGGUAAUUUACAUGAAAGUUUCUCAAUAUCAAUUAGAAAGAUUGAGGCAUAUUCAGGAAAAAGUACUAAAGACAUUUGAAUCCAGUGAUAUUGAUAUUACUGAUAAGGAAAAAUUUACUCCACAUCUAACAAUUUUGAAAUUAUCCAAAGAUCCAAAAUUAUGGGAUAAGGGUAUCAGAAAAGUUGAAUGUUGUUUAUAUGAAGAAUUCAAGGAUGAACAAUUUGGAACAGAAAUAGUUAAAGGCUUACAGUUAUUAGAUAUGAAGCGCAAAGAUAAUAAUGGUUAUUAUUAUUGCUGCAAAGAAGUUUUAUUUGAAAACUUAGAGGAGGAAUGGAUCAGAAGAAAUUAAAGCAAAAAUAGGAGAAAGCCCAAAAUUUGUCAAUAAGAAAAUGCAUGAAGUGUUUGUCUAAUUGAAACACAACUAGAAAGGUUAUGACAAACAAUAAUCAAUGAAAAUUGGUACUUUUAUACACAUGCACCUUGUAUUUUUUUAUGUAUAAAAUACUUGUAUUAUAGAUUUGUAUUAUAGAAUUUUAUAGAAUUUAUAAAAUUUGUAUUAUAGAAUAGCCACAUUUCACGAAAGCACAAUUAGUAAAAUUGGAUUACAAAAACAGAAACUUCAACCUUUGUACAUUAAAUAAAGUUUAUUUUCAUUCUAAUUCUCUCUCUGCAUAUACAUCUCAGGUAGGGUUUAUACAAAAAUUGGUUUUCAAAUUCCAAUAUAUCCGAAAAACUAGUUAAACCAAUUUUUGAAUUUUUACAAAUAUAUAUAUAUAUUUUUUUUUAUUAAAACAGUAACAAAAUAUUUAUGCUUAUUUAAAAAUUUUUCAGUUCAUUUAAUAUCUACGAAAUUUUUUUUUGAGGUUACAUAAAGGAUUAAGUGUUUGUUCCUCCACUACCGCACUACCAGCUAACAUUGGUGAACUUCAAAAUGAGAAUAACUGCAGUCAUUCAAAUUGGACAUACUGCAAACAGUGUGGAAUGAAUUUGACUACUGAUUAUAUAUCAUUUGUGUUUCUAAUUGUAGUCACAUU